AGUUCAGAGAGAGGAGAGGGAGAAGGAGAGAGGGGCAGAGGAGAAGCGAGAGAGGGAGAGCAAAUAAGACAGGAAGGAGCGCCCUAGAGUCUCUGAAACAGGAAAGGGAUAACGGAUUAGGAAUUUUUCUGGCAACUGUCACUCCGGAGAGCAGCCAGAGACUCACCAUCAUCCCAACUCUGAUGUUUCCUACAAGAAGUUAGAGACUUAAGCAGUCUUGACAUCGGAGGGAAAUGGUAUGCCUGAUGCUGUGGAAAAUACCCCUGAGCUGAAGAAGUGCAACUGGAUGUUGUUAUGUGUGAAAUACCAGAAGAGCCCAGACCCCGUGGUAAUAGACACGAGAUGUGGAGAGAAUGACUAACGACAAAUCUGUGAAUUUGUUCUCUGGAGUUGCUAAUUUGCCAGCCCGAAGCAACACAUUUCACAAGGAGGAAACGUUUUGCUGCUUCUGAUUUCUCCCCAAACUGGUGCUACCAGAUGCAUGGCUUUCUAUGUGUUGGAACAAAUCAUUCCUAACUGCAGCAUACUGGGAAAGGGGAAAGGUUGAGGCAACUAACUGGCUGUCUCCAAAUAAGCGAUGAGAUGUAAUGCAUCCUCCCGUCCAUGCACGCUUCCUCUUGCAAUUCGUGCAGCAUUCCUCAGUGGGAACCUUUAAACCCUAAAAUCCAGGAAAAGAAAAUAAAUACAUUAUCAUGGACCUGAGGGAUUUUUACCUGUUGGCUGCUCUGAUUGCCUGUUUAAGGCUGGAUUCUGCAAUAGCUCAAGAACUUAUUUAUACUAUUAGAGAGGAAUUGCCUGAAAAUGUGCCCAUAGGAAACAUACCAAAGGAUCUGAACAUUUCUCACAUCAAUGCUGCCACAGGGACCAGUGCCAGCCUCGUCUACCGACUGGUUUCUAAAGCUGGGGAUGCUCCUUUGGUGAAAGUGUCCAGCAGCACUGGGGAGAUUUUCACAACCUCUAAUAGAAUAGACAGAGAAAAACUCUGUGCUGGAGCCUCUUAUGCUGAGGAGAAUGAGUGUUUCUUUGAACUUGAGGUGGUGAUCCUCCCCAAUGAUUUUUUCAGGCUGAUCAAAAUAAAAAUAAUCGUCAAGGAUACCAAUGAUAAUGCCCCCAUGUUUCCAUCUCCUGUCAUCAAUAUUUCCAUUCCAGAAAACACUUUGAUCAACAGCCGCUUUCCAAUUCCAUCAGCAACAGACCCUGACACAGGUUUCAAUGGUGUACAGCAUUAUGAAUUGUUAAACGGGCAGAGUGUUUUUGGACUGGAUAUCGUGGAAACUCCGGAGGGAGAGAAGUGGCCACAAUUGAUUGUUCAGCAAAACUUGGACAGAGAACAGAAAGAUACCUAUGUGAUGAAAAUCAAAGUAGAGGAUGGAGGCACUCCUCAGAAAUCCAGCACGGCCAUCCUGCAGGUCACAGUAAGUGAUGUAAAUGACAACAGGCCAGUGUUUAAGGAGGGUCAAGUGGAGGUCCAUAUUCCAGAGAAUGCUCCCGUAGGCACCUCUGUAAUUCAGCUCCACGCCACUGAUGCAGACAUAGGCAGUAAUGCUGAAAUCCGGUACAUUUUUGGCGCCCAGGUCGCCCCGGCUACCAAAAGACUCUUUGCUUUAAAUAACACUACUGGGCUGAUUACAGUUCAGAGGUCCUUAGAUCGAGAGGAGACAGCCAUUCACAAAGUGACAGUGCUGGCUAGUGAUGGCAGCUCCACUCCAGCUCGGGCAACCGUUACCAUCAAUGUGACUGAUGUAAAUGACAACCCUCCUAACAUAGACCUCAGGUACAUUAUAAGUCCCAUCAAUGGCACAGUGUAUUUAUCAGAGAAAGAUCCUGUCAAUACCAAGAUUGCCCUAAUUACAGUUUCAGAUAAGGACACGGAUGUGAAUGGCAAAGUGAUCUGUUUCAUUGAAAGAGAGGUCCCAUUUCAUUUGAAGGCAGUCUAUGACAACCAGUAUUUGUUAGAGACCUCCUCUUUGUUGGACUAUGAGGGCACCAAAGAGUUCAGCUUUAAAAUCAUUGCCUCUGAUUCUGGGAAGCCCAGUUUAAAUCAGACUGCCCUGGUAAGGGUUAAGCUUGAGGACGAAAAUGACAACCCACCAAUUUUCAACCAGCCUGUAAUUGAGCUGUCAGUUUCUGAAAACAACCGACGUGGGUUAUACUUAACAACUAUUAGUGCCACAGAUGAAGACAGUGGGAAAAAUGCAGAUAUUGUUUAUCAGCUUGGACCGAAUGCCUCCUUCUUUGAUCUGGACCGAAAGACAGGCGUUUUGACAGCCUCCAGAGUCUUUGACAGAGAGGAACAAGAACGAUUCAUUUUUACAGUAACUGCCCGGGACAAUGGGACCCCUCCCCUCCAAAGCCAAGCGGCUGUGAUAGUUACUGUCCUAGAUGAGAAUGACAAUAGCCCCAAGUUCACUCAUAAUCACUUUCAAUUUUUUGUGUCUGAGAAUCUGCCAAAGUAUAGCACCGUGGGGGUCAUCACAGUGACAGAUGCAGAUGCUGGUGAGAAUAAAGCUGUGACUCUGUCCAUUCUCAAUGACAAUGAUAAUUUUGUGUUGGAUCCCUAUUCCGGAGUCAUAAAGUCAAAUGUCUCAUUUGAUCGAGAGCAGCAGAGUUCCUACACUUUUGAUGUCAAAGCCACUGAUGGGGGGCAACCGCCCCGUUCCUCCACUGCGAAAGUAACUAUCAAUGUCAUGGACGUCAAUGACAAUAGCCCAGUGGUCAUUUCUCCACCGUCUAACACUUCCUUUAAGCUGGUGCCUCUCUCAGCCAUUCCUGGCUCUGUGGUAGCAGAGGUUUUUGCAGUGGACAUUGACACCGGGAUGAACGCUGAACUGAAGUACACAAUUGUGAGUGGGAACAACAAAGGCCUGUUUCGGAUUGACCCAGUCACAGGUAACAUUACCCUGGAAGAAAAACCGGCACCGACUGAUGUGGGCUUGCACCGUUUGGUGGUCAACAUCAGUGACCUGGGGUACCCUAAGUCUCUGCACACACUUGUGCUGGUUUUUCUUUACGUUAAUGACACUGCUGGAAAUGCCUCCUACAUCUAUGACUUGAUUCGCAGGACUAUGGAGACCCCAUUGGACAGGAACAUAGGGGACAGUAGCCAGCCCUAUCAAAAUGAGGACUAUCUCACCAUCAUGAUCGCCAUCGUCGCAGGGGCCAUGGUGGUCAUAGUCGUGAUCUUCAUCACCGUCCUGGUGCGCUGUCGCCAUGCAUCCAGGUUCAAAGCCGCUCAGAGGAGCAAGCAAGGGGCUGAAUGGAUGUCCCCAAACCAGGAGAACAAACAGAAUAAGAAGAAGAAAAGGAAGAAAAGAAAGUCUCCCAAGAGCUCUCUUUUGAACUUUGUGACAAUUGAAGAGUCCAAACCUGAUGACGCAGUUCACGAACCUAUCAAUGGGACCAUAAGCCUGCCUGCCGAGCUAGAGGAGCAAAGUAUAGGAAGAUUUGACUGGGGUCCCGCUCCUCCGACCACCUUCAAGCCUAACAGCCCUGACCUGGCCAAGCACUACAAAUCUGCCUCUCCACAGCCUGCUUUUCAUCUGAAACCAGACACUCCAGUUUCCGUGAAAAAGCAUCACGUGAUUCAGGAACUCCCUUUGGACAACACCUUUGUCGGGGGUUGUGACACCCUUUCCAAACGCUCUUCCACUAGUUCCGAUCACUUCAGUGCCUCAGAGUGCAGUUCCCAAGGAGGCUUCAAGACAAAGGGCCCCUUACACACCAGACAGCCCCUGUUCCUGAAUGGGUCAGAAGCACCAACCACCAUCCAUCUUUGCAAAAACUUGCCAGCUAAGAUCAGCAUGGGCCUUCCCCCAACCUAUCUGUAAUGCACUGAGAGAACACGUCUUCAUGUCUAUUUAGGAACAUGUGUACAAUAAGUUAUUUUAUUAUUGUUUAUAACAUUUUAGCCCUAGAGUAGAUUUUCUAGUAUUUUUAACUUUAGCCACAAAAAAACUAUUCAUCAAUUUGUACAGUUCUAUAAAUACGAGUAUACCAUAUUUUAUUACUGGCUUCUUAAUGCCCCUUGCCUAAAACUCUAACAAUAGGUGAUAAACACUUUUCGGACUGUCAAGAUCUCCCUUAAAUCUGAGAAAUCCAGAGAACCAUUUCAUCCAAAUAAAAUUUGUUUAUCAUGGAUUAUUAUAAUGGAUGCAUUUGAUAAAAAUUCUAGGUGGGAAAGUUGCAGUUUUAAUUUGAGGGGAAUUUGAAGGUUAGAAUGAGGUAGCUUUUCUUACUCCACUUGACAAAAGAAAUUGAUGCUUGGGACAGCAUGCUAACCUUUCCGUCCGCUGUGUGUAAUGCACGUGGAUCACUGAAUCACUCAUGAAUGCUGUUCUUAUUUAGAACAUAAAUUCUGCCAUAUGCCUACUGAAUAAAAAAUGAUCUGCACUUUCAAAUAGCAUUUCUUAUAUGAGACAAGCAGACUGACAUAAUUCUGAAAGCCUAUAGUUUAGAAGCUUGCAUCGCUUACAUUUUGAUUGCGUGGACUCAGGUAUUAUUUAAAGCUUAGUUUGAUUUUGGUGCAGCAGCAUUUUCUUGAUGACCCUUAACUAAUAAGCUUUAAUAGGCAGAAAAAUUUCAAUUAUUCUAAUUAAAGAGCAGUAUUGAACGUGUUGACCAAAUGUAGCUAUGUUUGUUAAUCAGACAACAAUGAUUUAGUAAGAGCACAGUUUUACAUCAACCAUUGAUAUAAGAAAGCUAAGGUCAUCUGUUAAUUUGCCAAUGGACUAGAGUGGCAGGACUUCCGUAGUUUAAAUGACUAAGGUAAGAUAUUAGAAAAGUGUAACUUGGGUAUGAACCCAAAAUCAUACAGGCAAGCUGACUUUUAACUCCAUAACCUGUGCAAGGAUAGAAUCAUUUUGUCUAUAUGUUUGUUUAAAGAGUCAUUUUUAGAGAAUACAUUUUUUAAUGAUAUUUUUUGUUGGACAUCAUAUUUAAUGAGACCAAAUAUAAAAGCAAACAAUUUUAGUAAUCUUUUUUUUUAAAUCAGAUUCAGGUAGAAGACUGCCAAGCUGUUUUGGCUCCCCAAUAGGUGAGCCCUCUUGUGAUAGAGCUCCCAGUUGGGGGUUGAGAACUAAAGCCCUAGCAUGCAAAUGUUAGUGAUCUAACACAAUGUGCUGAUUUAGCUUUCUAGGUGGCUUAAAAUAUAGCUGGAAUUCUCCUUUAUCUGGGGACUAAACAGACAAGGCUCUAUGAAACACUAAAUUAAUUUGCAUCGACAUUCCGGGUGUUGGUGAUAAUUUGUAGUGACAUUAUGCCUAUUGGUUAUGAUUGUGACAGGCAGGCUGUACCCAAAUGGACAUUAUAAGAGCCCACUGGAAUAGCCUUAGCAUUGGACACUUCUGCCUUGAGGGGAGUAGAAGCUUUCCAGCAGGCACUUAUUUUUUCCCUGCACAAUUAUGGAUUAACGCACAUCAAUUCUAGGCAGUUGAGGAAUGACAUGAGAGGAUUAUUGGAACCGGACAACAUUACUAGUGGAGUGGAAAUUCUGUAAUGGUUUUUCUGCAACGAUGUGGUUUAAAAGGCAGGACACUAAUCCCUAACCUUCACACAUUCAGAAUUUCAAGAAAGUCGAUAAAAAGGGACGUGGAAGACACACAUGUAAUUAAGCUGGUAUACUUUUCUUGUCAAAUAAUUUUUCAAAAAUAUCAAGAAUUGGCUCAAUGGAAUACCCCAAUAUUGUGUGCAGUGUAUGAUUUUGUCCUUUUAAUUACAACCAUUUUUAUCUCUUAAAAAUAUCCACAGAAAAGGUAUGCUUUGUCUGUGACCACAAUAAGAAAAUAAGAUGCAAUGUAUAUACACAAAAAAUCUAAUAUACAAUCAUUUACAUAUUGCUGUGUAAAAUGUCUCUGAAGUGAAACAUUUAUUCCAUACGUUACCAAAAGUUUUAAUAACAAUAUUGUAACUGCAAAAUAUUGAAGGCUCCCCAAACUCCAGCUUUUCCUUCCAUACUUACAGAGCUCAUCUAUUAUAGCAGUGGAAUUAUGGCAAUAUUUUCUGACACCAAGUUAUCUGAGAACUUUUUAACUGGCUUUAUUGUAAAUUGUUUCAAUAGUGGCACUUUAAUAAAAUUACUCUCUUUAGACUUUAAUUUCACAAACUCUUGGACGUAUUUUUACAUAGAUUUCUGAUGGGGGUGCUGAUCUUUAGAUUUUUGACAAUGUGGUUUUUUUAGCUGUUUAUUCAGCAGAAAAUGAAUUCUUUUCCUCAAUUGCAUGUAUUCUAUUUCUUAACCACAACAUGUAUUUGAAUGCUGUGCAGGGAUUGCAAAAGCAAAUUACAGCAAUUUGGAAAUGACUUACUCAAUAUCACUUUUACAGAUGCACUCACUGAGGCAAUGGGUUCUAGUUAUUCACAGUUUUUUUAAUGCUUAUUUUCUCCUUCUCCUUCUCCUCCGCCUCCCCCUCCCUUCCCUCCUCCCCCUCUUUAUCUUCUCCUUCUGCUUCUAAGAAUCGUAAUGUUAAAGCCAAAAGGAUCAGGAAUAUGUCAAAUUUAAGGUGAUUAUUUGAAAAAGAGAAAUUACGAACACAUUAAUCAUACUGUAUUUGAGGUGAUUGUGCAUGAGUCUUUGAUACACAGAGUGGCAUUAAAAUAGAAUUAUAAAGUCUAUUAACCAUAACAAUGGAGUUCUAGAUGUAGAUAAAAUGAGGCGAUUGUCUUUAAACUUUCAAUAAAUUUGUUACCCAAUUUAGGGGUAUUCGUAGACUAUGAGACAUUGUUUUUUUCAUUUAACUUCAAAAUACUAAGAAUGAAUUAGUUUAAAAAAUAUUUGAAGUCUAUUAUUUAGUUUCUAACACUCUGAGAGAGUAUUCAAGAGACUGAAAAUUUUUAACUUAGUGUGAAUGUAUACAUACAUACUUUAUAGUUAAACCAAUCAUUCCUUUGUUACCAUCAAGGCCUUAAAGCAUGGGAGCUGAGAAGACAUAGCAAUUUGUUUAAUUAACCCCUGUUCAUUUUACAGGGAAGAAAUAAGAUUACUCUUGAACAAUCAUGUUACUUGAAUUAUAUUUCAUCUUUUAUUACCCUGAAAACACACACACACACACACACACACACACACACACACACAAACACCUUGACACAUAUAUGGACAGCUGAGAUACUCCACUCAUAAGUGAGUGCAUUUCUUCCUAAAUAAACCUAAUGUUAAUAGCUCUGAUGACAUUUCUCUCUGAUGAAAAAAAAAAAAAAAGAAAAGGUGCUAUAGUUACGAAGGUAAAGCUAUGCUUCACAGGCUAUUGCCUGUGGUAAAAGUACAUUGAGACUGCAUUUGUGUGUGUUCUCUACAUAGCCUUCCUGAUAUCAACUCACUUCUUGCAGACAAUGUAUAUGCUUCCAUUCUGACCAGUAAAAGGCAACUUGCUGAGUUAUAGAGAUUGACUGGGUGCUUGACAUGUGGUGCUGUUCCAUUAAAACAGUGGGCAAUUGGUACUGGGUUAGUUUAAGAUAAUUUAACUUGUGUUGCUUGUUUUAGAUAUGCGUUCAGAUAUGUUGAUGUCCUAAUAUUCUAAAAAUAUAAAUGUGCAACAUCAGUUCACAUACAACAGGUUUCCUUACGUUACUUUUAUAGCACCCAUGUCAAAAAAGACUGAUAAUGUGUUCCUAGUCAUUCUAUAAUUCUGUUCUGAUAUUGCCAGGCCGCUUCUGUAGACAUAGUCAGAUAACACAUUAUUCGUUGUUUAAUUGCAAAAUGCUUCUUUUCAAUCAUUGUUGCUUAAGAAAUUUUUAGAAAACGAUCAUUGAAGGGUCCCUUUCCCCACUCCACCACUCUAUGAUAUAUGGAGAUGUUUGAUUCCUUUUCUGUUCUUUCUUUUAUUAUUAAAAAAUUACACAAAAUAAAACAUUUAUUUUCAGCUAAAAAAUGACAACGACCCUGGUAGUUUAUACUCAGUUUUACUUCUGUAAAGUAGCCACAUUUAUAUAUACUCCAAAUUACCAUGUGUAACUAUAUGCUAAAAAUGAUGAAAUGUGGCUUAAAAUAAUCUUCCUUAUUGUGAUACAGUGUAUAAAUAAUUAUAAAUGUACACACUUGACAUAACAUGUUCCUAUAAUACCAUUAUUCUGUAGGUAACAUUCACAAUACAGUAUAUUCUAUUACUAAUUUAUGCAAUAAAUUCUUGAGAUCUAUCGUAAGGUACUACACAAAGUAUUAUUAUUAAAGGAUUAUUGGGGAAAAGUUCCCAAUUGAAAACUGAUCAAUAAAGGUAUUAUUUAAAAUUAGUGUAUUGCAGAGUAGAUAAGAAGUUCAAUAUAGCAAUAGCUCUCUGUUUUGAUUUUAAAUUAAGUUUUUAUACAUGCAAAAAUAAUUGGACGAAGAAUUAGGUGAUAUGCUUCAGAAGAUUUAAAAUAGCCAAAAUAAUGUUGCAGUGUGUUAUACUGGUGAUUUAUCAAUAAAAAUUAUUACUGUUAAUAAUUGGUAGAACAUUUUACAUUUCCUCCCUGUGCUAGUGAUUUCAGUUGAAUGGUAAUUUAGCAACAUGUGUAGGGAUGCAUCUUAAUAUCUAUCUUUGCUGAAAAGUGUUAAAAACACAAUUAAAACUUGUCCUCAUUAAACUGGACUUUUGUACACUAUAAUUUGAAUUAAGUAAUGACUAUAUAAAGUAUUUUAAAAAGUUGUAUAUCAAAAUGUAUAACGUUCCAUUUUUGGCUAUAUUUUGUAAAACAUUUUUGGUGUAAUCAGUAUAACUCUCACAUAUGUCAAAUCAAGUAUUCUAUUUAUUUAAGCAGAUAUAUACCUAAUGUAUUUGGAAGCUUAUUGCACUCAUAUAAUUGUAUAUAUUGUGACUUCGAAAGUCUGUACUUAUCCUUGCUUUAAACAAGUAGUAUGUGCAUUUCUUUCUGAUUUAUUUUAAGUAAUUAUAUUAAGGACAACAUCCUCUACUAAAUGUACCUUAAAAUUCACAAUAAAGUUUCAG